CAAGUCAGCCAAAGAAAUUAAGAAAUACAUUCUGUCAAAAAUUAAUAAUCAGCCAGUCCUUUCUCUGUGCUCGAAACUACUCCCACCCUUCCAAGAAUCUAAGGCAUGCACAUAUUCCAAGAUCUAAAUUAACCUAACAAUUAGACAAAAUUGUAUGAAUCCAAAGAUCAUAUCAUUUUUGUGUCACUUGACUCGUACUUUUCUAGUUAAAUUGUUGGUAAAACAUAAUUUUCUGUUGCCGUGGACGCCUUGCAUUUUUAGAUGACGGAGUAGCCACAACUACAAGUCGUACUACCUAAAUGUUCUGGAAAGAAAGAGAGAAAUUGAAAACAAAACUUUGUCCUGUUUCCAUGCAUUCCUCCUUGCCCCAACAUGCUUACUGUGAUUAAUUAUUUUUCGGACAAUGAAAACAUUAACUAAUUUCAUUGUUUAAGGUUUACAAAUAGUAAGUUGGUAAAAAUUCAUGGAUCUACAUAACCUGCAUCGAUCCAUCAGACGGCCAUCGGCAUCACAUACACUAGCUACCAAAUCUAUAUUGGAAGGUAGAUGACAAAAGCAACAGACCUGCCGUCUAAAACACACGCCACAAGCUAGCUAGAUCAAUCGAACACACAACGCUAGGCUUCCAAAGGAAACUAACUAGCUACAGAGAAGCUAGGUCGUCGGCACCGGCGAGGGUCGAUCUCACCUUUGACGCCGGCCGGCUGGCCGGCCAACCGAUGCCGUCCAUGGACUGCGCGAUCCACGUGGUGCUGCGGGUGGUCAUGCGGAGGAGCAUCUGCCGGCUGCACGAGGUCGUCGCCAUGGCCGUGGAGCUCGGCACGGCGCUGCUCGUGGCCGUGCGGUUCUCCGGCAUGGCCUUCCGCCGCACGCCAGCCCCGACUCAGGUGGUCUCCGGGUCGACUCACUAUUACUACUACGCCCCCGUGGCGGCCUCCAUGGUUGGCAUGUCCAGGCUCGACAGGCACUAGUCACCGGUGAGCUACAUCCCGCUGGAUUUGAUGGCUAAUCAAUCGUGUUUUUUUAUUUUGUGAGUAAUAAUGAAAUUCAGUACUUGAUUAGCUACAUACACACAUGUGCACUGUAUAUUAAGCAGUAUAUGUGUUCAUCAUGAUAUCGACAUAGUUAUUGAUCACUCUCGCAUCAAUUUGGGAGCAAAUGGUGGUGAUUAAUUGGAUCUUUGGUCAGGUGUCCACUUUUGUGAUGACUCCAGGGUUAUACCCCCCCUUGGGAAAGAUGGUGUCCAUUUGUGUUUCUUUCUUUGCUUGCUAGCUCAUUUUUGUUUUGCGGAUUCAUGAUUCACUAUUAUGUAAUCAUGUGCAAAUGGUAACUAAGCCUAUAA